CUCAUUUGCCAUCCAUGUAUCAAGGCGGAAAGACGUUUGAAUUUUCUAAACAUUUCACAUCACGGACAAGAUGAGUCAGUAGUUUACGAAGCAGUUUGCACACGCAAGUGUGCCAAUACAACUAAUUAAUCAUGGAAGCCAAUAUGGCGCUCAUUUUGAGCUGCGUCGCACAGACGACACAAAUUUCUUUUCAUCCUUUUUUGAUAAACCUUGAUUGGGAUUGCGUUGAUAAUGGCAUCCACUCAAGACCAGGAAAUGUGGCUGUGGAAAUUCGAGCCAGUGUCCCCUAAUGGGACAUUGUCGAAUGAAUUUGAAGAUGAUUGGUUCUUAUUUGAUGAUAAAUCUGUAGAUCCUACUAAAAAAGUUGUUGAAUCUGUUAUGUACGAGGAACAUCCUACUCGUGCACAGGUGGCCACAAAACUUUUGGAAAAAUUAGAUGAAUGGAUUAAAGAAGAACCCUUUUCAGAUUGGUUAGAGGAGAAGAUAGAAUUACCUAUUUUUGAAGAGCUACCAAUUGCUGAGAAUGGACAAAUCAAGUCAACAACAUAUAAUGAAAUUACAAAAGCUCCCCAACAAGAUGAUACCCAAACUCUAUUGCAAGAAUUUGAAACUGUUCUGGGAGAUGUGGAAGCUUGUCAUCAAAUAGUCCCUUCAUCAAGUUCCACUCUUACACCUCCUCAAUCACCUCCACCACAUAAACCAUUAAAUGUGGAUACCCAGUUACUUGUUACUUUACAACCUGUACAACCGUUGUAUUCUAAUCAACAUUCCAUGUAUGGUAUGGUAGUUCCAGAGGAGAAAUCAUAUGUAAAUGAAGUACCUGUACAAUGGAAUACGAAAAAUGUACCAUUGGAUCCAUUAAACACAGAUGUUGCACAUGAUUUAGCUGUGGUGGACGAAUAUGUACGUUUAUAUACAGAAGAUAUUCCACCAUCUAGUCCUUGUACAAGCUCUGGUGGUAGUUACAUUUCAUCGGAAGAUUCCAUGGAUGAUCCAGAUUGGGUUUUAGAAUCCGGAAAGAAAGGAACAAAACAAUCUACGUGUAUUACAGCAAAACAUCGGCAAAAACCUUAUUCUCGUCCGUCAAUCGAGGAUAAAAAGGUGCGGAAAAAAGAACAAAACAAAAAUGCAGCAACACGAUACAGGCAAAAGAAGAAGCAAGAAAUUAAAGAAAUAAUAGGCGAAGAACGUGAACUUACUGAAAAUAACGAAAAAUUAAAAAAUCAAGUAACAGAUUUACAACGAGAAAUUGGGUACUUAAAGGGUUUGAUGAGGGAUUUAUUUAGAGCUAAGGGUCUUAUCAAAUAAUCCAUUUAUCUAUCAACCAUAGUUAUAUUUACUCAUUUUUAUUAAAUUAAUUAAUGUAAUUUUUGACACUAACUACUUUACAAUAAUACUAAUAAUAUGUUGUAGUAUAUAGACUUAGAUUAAUGAUUGUUAUUUUUUUCUCUUUAACUAGCUCACAUAAUGAAUAUGAAUAUGAAUCUAAGAUCUAUCACAGCUUCUUAGUAGGACUACAGAAUUGUCAUUACGUAAUUCAUAAAUUAUGUACCAUCUCCCAACUCGUUCGUGGUCCAUUGAAAAUUGGCAAACAA